GACUUAAAAAAUUAAAAAUAUAACAUGAAAAUUUUAACAAAUAAUGACAUGAUACAAUAAAAAUGCAUAAUUUGCAUCCAAAAUGUUUUUAAUUCGUAUUUUUUUAUAUUUAUUUUUAUACAAUAAUAUUGCCGAAUGCAAAUUACUAACAAAGUGUAAUGACGAUUUUACAAUUAAGAAGCCUCAAAAUCGCACAAGCAAAUUUCUUUUCGAUGCAAUAUUCCGAAUUGGUUCUGGAAUUUCAAAUGUUUUCGGAGAUAGUAUAGACGAGGAAACCGAUUAUGAAGACAUAAAUAUAAAAACUUGUGACUGUGAUUGUGGGUUUUCAAACGAAGAAAUAAGAAUUGUUGGUGGUAGACCUACGGGUGUAAAUCAAUUUCCAUGGAUGGCACGCAUUGUUUAUGAUGGAAAGUUUCAUUGCGGUGGGUCCCUACUCACAAAAGAUUAUGUUCUGACAGCUGCACAUUGUGUAAAAAAACUACGAAGGUCCAAAAUAAGAGUAAUUUUUGGAGACCACGAUCAACAAAUUACCUCUGAGUCUAAAGCUAUCCAAAGAGCGGUAACAAGUAUUACCAAACAUAGGAAUUUCGACCCUGAUACGUAUAAUAAUGAUAUCGCGUUAUUAAAAUUAAGGAAACCUAUAAUAUUUUCUAAAAUUAUUAAACCAGUGUGUCUUCCUCGCUAUAAUUAUGACCCAGCAGGUCGGAUUGGAACUGCUGUUGGUUGGGGAAGAACUGCGGAAGGAGGUGAACUUCCAUCCAUCGUUAACCAAGUUAAGGUACCUAUAAUGUCUAUUACAGAAUGCAGAAACCAAAAAUACAAAAGCUCUAGAAUUACGUCUACUAUGCUUUGUGCUGGAAGGCCAAAUAUGGAUUCUUGUCAAGGAGACAGUGGUGGUCCAUUAUUGCUUUCUAACGGAGUUAAAUACUUCAUUGUUGGUAUUGUUUCAUGGGGAGUUGGUUGUGGUAGGGAAGGCUACCCAGGAGUUUAUACAAGAGUUAGUAAAUUUAUUCCUUGGAUAAGGUCUAACUUAGAAAACACUUGUUUGUGUUCAUAAAUAUGAAACAAGUUUGGUGUAAAAUUUAUUUUUAAUUUAUAUUUUGAGUGACAUUAUAUAUUAUAUUA